UCGGGAGAGGCAGAUGUGUGGGAGCAGGCGGACCGGCAGCAGUGGAGCUCCGGGCCGAUCGGGAACACGAGCUGGCAAGUCGCUUUUCCUCAAAUCCUCUGAAAUGUCAGGAGCGAUCAUCGAGAACAUGAGCACUAAGAAAUUGGUUGUCUUGGUUUUAUUCAUUCUUGUGUUGCAAGUUGUUUCCAUCAUGGUUGGAGCGCUGAUUGCCCCGUGUCCCUGUACGGAGUGUCCCUCUUUUGCCGUACAGCUCCCAGUCCCACCAGCGCCGUUAGCUACUUGGCCACCAAGUGCAUCAACCGCCAGCGUGCGCGCCGGUGGCUGGCGCCGUGGGGACCCAACCGCUGCCAGCAGAUCCACAGCUUCGACGAGCCUCUGGCCAAAACGCUGGAUGCCAACGACAUUGUUUUCGCCGUGCACGUACCUCUCCCGCACGCGCAGAUGAGCCCCUGGUUUCAGUACAUGCUGGCCGUGCUGCAGCUGGACAUCGCCUUCACCAUGAUCAACCCCGUCGAAGACGGCGACGUCGUCAUCACCAUCGACGCCGGCUUGGCCUACAGGGAUGACCUGACCUCCGAGUGGAGCGCCAAGUUUCACUCGGUGGAGCGGAGGCCCCUCAGGUGCACGCUUGCCGUCGCGAAGACCUACGAAAACGAGGGCCGCUUUUAUCACUGCGACCCCAUUCCCUUCAUGGAGCUGGGAAGUGUGGCCCACAAGUAUUUUCUGUUCAACCUCCGCCUGCCGGUGAACGACACGGUGAAUGUGGGAAUCGGAGAAAUCAAAGACAUCCAUAUAGUGGGCAUCCACCAGAAUGGGGGCUUCACUAAAGUGUGGAUCAGCAUGAAGACUGUGUUCAGUCCCUGGAUACUCGUGGCGACCGCUUGGUACUGGCGCAGGAUCGGCCUCAUGGCGAGGCCGCCAGUUCUUUUGGAAAAGGUGAUUUUUGCUCUGGGCGUCGCCAUGACGAUCCUGAACGUGCCGGCUGAGUGGCUCUCGCUGGGCUUUGAGUGGACGUGGAUGCUGCUCUUGGAAGAUGCCCAACAGGGCGUCUUCUACUCCACGCUCUUCUGUUUCUGGGUCAUCUUCUGUGGCGAACACCUCAUGGUCAGCGCCUCCUCCUUCCUCUCCGCUCUACUUUCACCACGCUUCCAUUGCCAGUGGUGCACAUUUUUUUUUUUCUUCUUUCAACCCCAAAUCCCGCAGGACCAAAGCCGGAGGAACCGCCUCUCGGCGUACUGGUGGCAGGUCGGGCUGGUGAUGUUCGGCUCGGCUCUUCUCCUCGUAUACGACCUGAGUGACAGGGGGGUUCAUUUGACCAACCCUUUCUACAGCGUCUGGGCAUCUGAACGUGGGAUGAAGCUGGCCAUUACCGUCAUCGUGGUGGCGGGGUUUUCUGUCUGCCUGUACUUCCUGGCCCUGUGUGGCAUGGUGCGUUGUGUGUUCAGGAACAUCGGCGGCAAAAUGCAGCAGCUCCCUGCGAUGCCGAAGGCCAGGAGAUUGCGUUACAAGGGAAUAAUAUUCCGGUUCAAGUUUUUGAUGCUGGUGACUUUAACGUGUGCCGCCAUGACGGUCAUCUUCUUUAUAUUAAAUCAAGUCAGUGAUGGUCACUGGCACUGGGGAAGCUACACGUUUGAAGUCCACAGCGCUUUUCUCACAGGGAUCUACGGCAUGUGGAACCUGUAUGUUUUCACCAUCCUCUUCCUCUACGCGCCCUCACACAAGCACGGCACGGAAAAGUCAGGCGACAGUCAACAAACGGAUGUGCUGGAGAAGCCAGAGAGCCAAGCGGCCGAGCAGACGUGUGGCGCUCGGGGACCGACGGAGGCCUACAGGAUCACGGGGAAGGUGGCGGAGGAAUAACCGCCAGAAAAAACUCCUUUAUUUCAUGUGACUACUGUUGAUGCUUCUGAAACAUUUAGGACUGUUCUAUAAACACGGCGGGCUCAUGGAUAAUGUGACUUUCAAGUAGCAGUAAAAUAUGUCUUAAAAUGUAGUUUAUAGGGAAACGUCGAGAAUGACUGUCCAAAAAAACAGUCUAGAUUAUUAGAGGAGCGAGUUCCAAAGGCCUGUGAAGCUCAACGUUCAGCAGCUUGCAAGCCAACUUUGGUCAUUUUAUGUUUUCCACAGGGUUUAUGUGGUCAUUAAGUAGAAGUGUUGAGCAACUACUGCAGUCAGCACAUUAAAGUGUUAAUUACAGGGGAAACGCUCCACUGCCACUCUGCUUUUACUGCCAUUAAACCACACAAAGUGGAGACUAUUUCUAUACUUGUGCUUAGGUAGGAUUUAAAUGCAUGUAUUUUACUUAGAACCCUCUGUUCAUAUAUUCAGGUAAUGUUAAGUUGCACCACGGAGUGUGGAAUCAUCUGACAUCCCUUUUUCCACCGCUGACUCCCUUCACACACUUGUCACUUUCACAUACUCACAAUAGUUGUGUAGAUUAUGGUUAUCUGUUCGCUAGUUCACUUUAUUUUAACUUGAAUCUUUUUUAUCCUUUAUUCAUCAUUACAAUUUCAUUUUAUAACGUAGUUAAAAUCUGUACAUUUUAAUUGUACUAUGUUCUUUGUAUUGUCUCAUUGUCUGUCUGAUGUCAAGUUCCUUUAUGUCUUAACAUAUUUUGGCAAUAAACGUUCCUGAUUUGUACUGUGUUAA